AUGUCCAUGAAGCGAAAAGCUUCGAUCUCUGGCCUUGCGCCUAGCAUGGCAACGCCCACGCCUAGUGGAUGGGCCCCGUCCAAUAUUUCAACAGAGCUCCCAAGUCGAACGCGAAAACGCUUUCGCAAUGGACGACCGGACGACGAUGUGGUAUACGAGAAAACUCUUCGCUGGAUCUAUUCUGCACAACAGCAACAACAACAACAACAAACGUCUAUUACACCCAUGGACACGACGGAUGACACGAUGAUUGAAGCAGAGCCUCAAAUUCCCGGCGCCGAAGCCGCUGAUCCACGCCAGCAGACCCUCCUGCGAUUCUUCCAGCCUCAACCAGAGCCAAUGUCGCCUUUCCGACCCUCGCGAGAAGCACUGGCAGCUCGCGCCAAUGAAACAGCCAUCCAUCGCGAGGACUUGAUUCGGCGUCAAACCUUUGCCCAACUGAACACAACUGAAAGCACGAGUGGGAGUGAGACCGCAAGCCCAGGAUUCUUCAACACCGAAACAGACGUGGAUAUGGAAAUGGAGAUAGAUGGAGGAGAAAGCAGUGACAAUUCUAAUCCGGUCUCAAAAUGGGCAUUCUGGAAUGGGGGCGUUUGA